CGCUCCCUCCUCCCUCGGCAGCCGCGGCGGCAGCAGGAGAAGGCGGCGGCGGCGGCGGCGGCUGGGGAUCAGACAUGGCGGCGGAUCUGAACCUGGAGUGGAUCUGCUCGCUGCCCCGAUCCUGGACUUACGGGAUCACCAGGGGCGGCCGAGUCUUCUUCAUCAAUGAGGAGGCGAAGAGCACUACCUGGCUGCACCCGGUCACCGGCGAGGCCGUAGUCACCGGACACCGGCGGCAGAGCACAGAUUUGCCUACUGGCUGGGAAGAAGCAUAUACUUUUGAAGGUGCAAGAUACUAUAUAAAGACAGGAACCAUCCCUGAAGACAACUCAUCAGACAUGAAAGGGACUGGACAGUGGGUAGGAGAGGGAUGCUGAUGAAGACUGAGCUAAUUAUAUCAGGUGGACACUUGAGACUGUGUUGGCAUCUCCUGUCUGGAGGGGGGAUGGGAGGAUAGAGAGAGUUGGAAGCUGGCAAAAUUGUCACGAAAGGAGAGACUGGAAGGGCUGACUCAUCAGGGGGAGAGCAAGUGGGAGUACGGAGUAAGAUGUAUAUAAACUUAUAUGCGACAGACUGACUUGAUUUGUAAACGUUCACUUGAAGCUCAAUAAAAGUUAAUAAAAAAAAAAAGAAUGCUUGCUUUGAGAUAUAGAGAAAGCAGAAAUGAGUUACAGGAACAGUAGUUUCAUGGUGUGGUCCUUUUCUGGAUAUUUUUUGGUUAAGUCUUUUAUUUGAAGAUUGUAUUACUACAUGGUCUAAAAAAAUAAAGACAUGAGUAAAAGUUUAGAGUCCCCAAUUAUUUUUCUAGUGGUUAUUUUCAUUCGGAAUUAAACUGAGUUUGUAUUGCCAUGAGAAAGGGUGUUUUUUUUUUUUUUGGAUGUAGUAUUUAUAUUUCUGAAGAAAGACAAGACAGUGUUUUUCAAUUUAAUUUAUUUAAUUUUUUCCAAUUUAAUUUCAGCUAGUGUACAUUAAACCUAAUUGAUCUUAUAAGAAUAGAAGUGACACUAGAAUUCUCAAUAUUGUUUUAAUUUCUGUCAGUGUGUACAUUCUUAUAUGAAUGUUUGUAUGACAGUAUGAAAUGCUAUUCUGUGUGAGCUGAAUAUGUUUUAAUUUCGAACUGAGCUAUUAGGCUGAAAUUUUGUUUGUUUUACUAGCUAUUUUGAUUAAAUUUUCCUUUAUGUCAACUUAAGCAAAUCAAAAUUUUAUUUGAGUGCCAUGCCUAAGUAAGUUUCUCAGGAAAAUCAGGACAAUAUUAAGAAAAAUGUAAUAAAUUUACUUUAAUUCUGAAAACAUAGCCAUCAUUUUUAAACUUGUGGGUUUUUGUUAUAUCUAUUAAUCUAUAGCCAGUAAUCACAUCGAAACAGUUGUAAUCAGUGGUUUAUAUUAUGAAAGUAAUUUGUUAUAAAAUUGAGCGUAUUAUAGAAAUGUAGACUUCUUUUAAGUAAACUAACCAUUGACAACUAUAUGAUUUCCUGAAUGUUAGGUGUACUGCUUUUCCUUUCUGGAUUGUGUCAGAAAACUAAUUUUUUUCAAGAUUAGCUAAAUCCCUAUGUGGACUAUAAUUUCCUAGAAAGUUUUUACUUGUAUUCUUAUGAGAAGUAAGUGAUGCUUUAUCAUUCUAAUAUGAUAUGGACACUACUUUUAUCUUGAACUUUACUAUUUACAAAGUGCUUUCACAUAUAUUACCACGUCUGAAUCUCAUUUUAAUCAUGGGAAGUAGUCAGAAUUAUUAUUUCCAUUGUCAUACCACAUAAUAAAACAACAGUGACAUGCCAUUGAAACUUAACAGUCUGCAAAGACAGCAAGAUGAAAAACAGCAGGAACGUGAACUAUCUUUAGAAUAUUCGGAGUAGAAGGAAAGAUAGGAGUCUGAGGUAGGGAAAUGAUUACGGUUGGUGAAUACGUUUCGUCAUUAUUCUUUCUUAGAUGAAGAAAGGUUAUUGAUAAAGUUAUAAGAAAGGGAGGUAAUCUAGUGAGCAGGGUGGAUUUUGUUCACAUGGGAAGAGGCAAGAUGGAAAGGGCAAUAAAAACCACCACCCGUUGGCCCUCCUGCUGUUCCUCAUCCUGUGUUCCCACGAGGCCCCCAUAGCAAGAAGGGAGACCCAAAGAACUUGAGUUGCUUCUGCUUCUUUGUUCUCAAGUGAAGUACAUUUAACUCUCGAAUUAUUUCUCUCUUGAACAAAUGCUGGUUGUUGUUUAAAAUGGCACAUUACCAGAAGAAUUUGACUUUGGGUAAUAUUUUGGUAUUGACAGUUGCAUCUUUGUGGGUAGUAUGAGGGAAAGAGGAGAGCUGGGCUGUGAUCUUGACUUUGGAGCUUAGUCUUCACAUGUUUAAAUUAGGCUGGCUGAAAAAGGCAACUAGUAAAUUUCAUUCCAUUUCUAAAUUUCUCUGAGUCUUAUACUGUUCUGAGAAUCUACAGUAUUCUACAAAAUAAUAAACUCACAAUGCUAAGAAGAGAGGACAUGGGAAAUAUGGAAAGCUGCUUAGCUUUGGUAUCCCGCAUAGCUAUUUUAUUCUCUCCUUUUAAGCUUUGUAUGGACAGCCAUAUCAUCUCCCAGAUAAGUGUAGACGUAUGUAGUGCCAUAGUUGGAUUUGCUUUCUUUCUUUCUAUUUGCUGCUUUUUCUGCUUACAUUUCCUUGUGGAGCAUUUGUAUACAUAAUCUUCCUCCCUGCAGAACUACAUGGAAGCAGAUAUAGUGCUACUGUCAACAAAAGAACCUGAUCAGAGUGAGUUGUACAGAAGACUUGAGUUGGACAAUCAGUUUAUUUGAUAUACUUUUUUGAAAUAAGUUCUUUAAUAAAAGUUUAGUUAGGUAACAGAAUAUAUAAUAUAUAGACAGUAUUUUACUUUACAUCAGCUUGGCCCCAAAAACUAUAUCUGAAAAUUAAUGCCUUAUAUAAAAGGUAAAUAUUUAAUACUUUAAUUUUUUUCUGAGAAAAGUAGUUUUUCUGUGUACUUUAAGCUAGCCAGCCUGUAAAUUAUUUUAUUACCUGUGUGUGUAUCCAUACAUACACACAGAGUUUGAGUUUGAUUAUUUAGUUCCUAUAUUUUAAAAAAUUAAUUCAUGCUAUUUAUCUUUGUGAAGAAUACUGAAAAUUUAUUAGUUAAUUUUUAUAACUUAGGAAGUAUAGCUUUACAUAGUCCAUAUUCUUGCUAGAAAUCAAGUAAUGUAACCUAUCAAGUAUAGAAGAUAAUCAUCUAUAUUUGAAACUUAAAAAGCUUUCUGCUUACUCCUUGAAAAUGCCCUUAAUGACUCUGUAAUGACAGGUCAUGGCAGCUUACAACGGAUGUGUCACUGACAAUCCCUUUGUGCCUCAAAGCUUUAAAAAAAAAAAAAGCUUUAGGAUGGUAAAAAUCAAAGUGCCGAGUAAAUCUUAAAACAGUGUUGCCUGAAUAGUGAGAAACUUUGUUCUGAUUAUUUAAAGGUCAUUUAUUGUCUAGUGUGGCAGGAUUGGGGAUCAGAAAUAUUUUUGAAGGAUAAUAAAAUAGUAUGUAAAUUUUGUGAGGCUAUCUUUUCAUAUUGCUUUUUCUUAAAAUUUUAAGUUCUGAAAAUUGAACUUUUUCUGAGAUAUGCAAAUUGAAGAGUGUUUGAUUUUAGCUAAUGAGGUUUCAUUUCAUAUCUGUGAUAGCUGGAUCUAAUGUGUGCUGAGAAUUUCAAACUGUCCUACAACUAGGGGAGUUCUAGUAUGGAACAGCUGUUUAAGGCUGCAAGUGAGAAAAAAAUAUCUGUUUCUUUGGAGAUUAUCACAAUUUGAAAUACGAGCGAAGAUGGGGAACCUAACACAACUGCCAUAAGAAUGUUAAAAUAAAUUACUAUGUAUUCGAUAGUUAAAAUUGUUUGGUGCUUUAAUGCUAUAAUAUAAUCAGAUUUUGAUUACUGGAGCAAUAUCAUGCUUCAGAGCAAUUUGUGGAUGCUGUGUUUUUUAACAUUAAUGACAGAAGCGUUUCGGACUGUACUAUAUAAAAAGCACUUUAUGCUAAUUCGUUAGGUCCAACACAACUAUGAACUGUGGUCUGAACCUCAAAGAGUUUAUAAUAUAGAAAAAAGCAUACAGUGUGUUGCAAGGGGGACAUGGUGUUGGGAAUGUGGACUUACUAAGUGCUAGGGGACACUUUGGUGUAUUAAACUCAUUUGAUUCUCGUAACAGCUCUUUCCCAUUAUCUUUUUUCUUUUUCUUGGUCUUCCUCUUUCUAUACCUAAAGAUACAAGGCAGUAUAAGCAGCCUUACAGUAUGUGUCCUUUCAUAAGUUGGUUGCUUGGGACUAGAGAUGUAUUAUUUCAUAGAAACAAGUACAGUGAUUAGGCUGAUAGGCCAAACCAUAUACAAAAGAUUGUUUAACUCCCCAAAAUCUGUUUUCUAGUCUUAUAUUAAUAGGGUCUUGGAACUCAGCCAUUCUUUUACAUCUACUCAGGAGUGCCUGGUAUAUGCCAGGUAGUGUACUCAGUGCUUGGGGAUUCAAUGGAGACCACACAACAGGGGCCCUGCUCUCCUGGAGCCUAUAACCUGGUAGAGAAACAGACAUUGAACAGAAAAUGGGACAAACAUGUAAUUUAAAAAUGGAAUCUUCAUAAAGGAAAAUUACACCUUGCUGUGACAUUAUGAAGGUUUACUGUCUUAAUCACCUAGUACUGCUAUAACAGAAAUGCCACAAGUGGAUCGCUUUAACAAAGAGAGAUUUAUUCUCUCACAGUCCAGCAGGCUACAAGUCCAAACUAAGGGCAUCAGCUCCAGGGGAAAGCCUUCUCUCUCUGUCGGCUCUCGAGGAAGGUUCUUGUCAUCAUUCGUCCCCAGGUCGAGUUGCUUCUCAGGCAUAGGGACCCCAGGUCCAAAGGACAUGCUCUGUUCCUGGUAGUGUUUUCUUGGUGGUAUGAGGUCCCCCAUUCUCUACUUGCUUCCCUUUCCUUAUAUCUCUUGUAAGAUAAAAGGUGAUGCAGGCCACACCCCAGGGAAACUCCCUUUACAUUGGAUCAGAGAUGCGACCUGAGCAAGGGUAUUACAUCCCACCCUAAUCCUCUUUAACCACAGGCAUAGAUUAUGAUUUAUAACACGUAGGAAAAUCACAAAAUAGAGGACAACCACACAAUACUGGGGAUCAUGGCCUAACCAAGUUGACUCAUUUUUGGGGGACACAGUUCAAUCCAUGAGAUUUACUAUAAAUCAGUGUUUUAGUGCGUUUAGAGUUUUAAGGUUGGGGUGCCAGAACUAUAUAUGUAUCCAGGAUGUCCAACCACAGUGGAUUUUGUUGUGAAAUCCCACUGCCCUUCUCUUUAGCCCUGAGACCACUACUCAGAACUGGUGUACUCUGCUUGCAAUUUCCACUGUAUAGCUUAAUGUCUGGCGUCUAGUCAGCCUCUAAAUAAAUGACGUCUAUGAUGAUGACCAGGAGCCCUGAUGGUACAGUGGUUAAGUGCUCAGCUGCUAACUAAAAAGGUAGGUGGUUUGAACCCACUAGCUGCCCUGCAGGAGAAAGAUGUGACAGUCUGCUUACAUAAAGGUUACAGCCCUGGAAACCUUACGGGGCAGUUCUAUUCUGUCCUGUAGGGCCACUGUAAGUCAGAAUCAACUUGACAGCAAGGGUUUUUGUUUUUUUUUUAAUGAUGAUGAUGAUGGCUCUUUUAAGGAAUUAAUCAGGAUAGAACAAAAGGAAUAUAACAAGUGGUUAUAUUUGGAGAUUCUUCUCUGGAUUUCUCAAAUGAUUUUUUUUCCCCUAAUCUGGAUGGACCCCUUUGUUUGUUUCUUAUUCUGAGAAUUGUUGUAUGUUUAGGAAGCCGGGUGGGGUGGUGGGAGGGGGUGGGAAGGAAAGGAAGAGUAGAAAGACAAAAAAGCUCUGAAGACUGGCCUAUUGUAAACACCCCUUGCUACCUUCUUCUGACCUGUGGAAGUCAAAGCCUACUGAAAGUAAAAGGGUUUUCUAGCAUAUGCUAACAAAUACUUUUCUCCUGUGACCUUUUCACUUUUAUAUAACAGAUCUGCAUAAGCUGAGGCUGAUGGUGAAAAGUUAUAUGUAUAUGUGUUUGUAUAAGUUGGGGUUAAUGGUAUGAAAAGUGAUGCUAGUUAUUUACAUCAGAAGUGGCAAAUUAAAAUUAGGCUGUGCCUUUCUGGAAGAGGUAGGAGUUGGGCUGGGCCUGGGGGGAUGGAUGGGAUUUGGACGAGUGGAUAUGAAUGACUGGUAGGAUAAAUCCAUGGGUGUGGGAACAUGUAUAAUGUGUGUGGUGAUAACUACCUGCUGGUAAGUGAUGUUAAUUUAGAGAAUACUGGGGUAACGGUGGAAACCCUGGUGGCGUAGCAGUUAAGUGCUACAGCUGCUAACCAAAAGGUCAGCAGUUCGAAUCCACCAGGCGCUCUGUGAAACUCUGUGGAGCAGUUCCACUCUGUUCUGUAGGGUCACUAUGAGUCAGAAUCAACUCGAAGAGGCAAUGGGUUUUGGUUGGGAUAAUGGGAGGUAAAACUAGGAGUGCUGUUUGGAGCCAUAUUGUGCCUAGGCUUCAGAUUUCAGACUGAGGCUUUUAUUUUUUAGCCAAGCCAUUGCAAAUGUUUGUUGGUAUAGCAUUAAUAACUAAAGUAAAGGUGUUUAGGGGGAUUUUAACAUAGGCAGCAUGAAUGAGGGAGACCAAUCCUUAGUCUGCUGCCAUAAUCUGGGAGUUAGUUGCUUGAACUGAGUUAGCUGGUGGCAGCAGAAAUGAAAGGAAGGACGACAUUAAUCAAAGGUAUUAAAGAGGAGUUGACAGGCCUUAGGAGUCUUGUUGAGCUAGGAGGCUGACAGAGAAAAAGAGGUCAAAAGCUACUCAAAGCUUUUGUAUCUGAGUAGCCACAAGAAGGAGGGUAUCCUUGACUGAAUGGGGAGUAGGUGGUGGGAGCCCUAGGUGGAGGUGCUGAUGAUGGUUUGGUUUUUGAGCUGCUUGAGAGGACCUGGCGUUUUAGAUUGCAAAAAUCUGACUUUAACAAAGGACGCCCACCUUUAUCUUCUACUCCUCCACAUCAGUAAGCAGACUCAACCCUUCUUAUUUUCUCCUCUUAAAGAAAAAUUUUAUCUCAGUACCUAAAGACCAUUUACCUGUAUGUAGGUGCAGACUGGGAAUUUCAUAUUCAUUCAACAAAUACUUGCCAUUUACUGUUUGCCAAGCAUUUUAGAUUUUAUGAACGAAACAGAUGUGGGCCCUGCUCUUAAGGGGUUUGUAGUUGAAUUAGUUGGAGAGACGAUAAUAAAAUAAUCGCACAAAUAAUUACAUACUGUGAUGAAUGCUAUGCAGUGUACAUCUCUUUUUUUUUUAAAUAAUUUUUAUUGUGCUUUAAGUGGAAGUUUACAAAUCAAGUCAGUCUCUCACACAAAAACCCAUAUACACCUUGCUACACAUUCACAAUUGCUUUCUCCCUAGUGAGACAGCCCAUUCUCUCCCUCCACUCUCUCUUUUCGUGUCCAUUUCUCCAGCUUUUAAGCCCCUCCCCCCUCUCAUCUACCCUCCAGGCAGGAGAUGCCAACACAGUCUCAAGUGUCCACCUGAUCCAAGAAGCUCACUCCUCACCAGCAUCCCUCUCUAAUCCAUUGUCCAGUCCAAUCCAUGUCUGAAGAGUUGGCUUUGGGAAUGGUUCCUAUCCGGGGCCAACAGAAGGUCUGGGGGCCAUGACCACUGGGGUCCUUCUAGUCUCAGUCAGACCAUUAAGUCUGGUCUUAUAAGAAUUUGGGGUGUGCAUCCCACUGGUCUCCUGCUCCCUCAGGGGUUCUCUGUUGUGUUCCUUGUCAGGGCAGUCAUUGGUUGUAGCCGGGCACCAUCUUGUUCUUCUGGUCCCAGGAUGAUGUAGUCUCUGGUUCAUGUGGCCCUUUCUGUCUCUUGGGCUCAUAAUCGCCUUGCAUCCUUGGUGUUCUUCCUUUUCCUUUGAUCCAGGUGGGUUGAGACCGAUUGAUCCAUUUUAGAUGGCUGCUUGCUAGCAUUUAAGACCCCAGAUUGCACACUUCAAAAUGGGAUGCAGAAUGUUUUCUUAAUAGAUUUUAUUAGGCAGAUUGACUUAGAUGUCCCCUGAAACCAUGGUCCCCAGACCCCUGCCCCUGCUACGUUGGCCUGCGAAGCAUCCAGUUUAUUCAGGAAACUUACUUGCUUUUGCUUUAGUCCAACUGUGCUGACCUCCCCUGUAUUGUGUGCUGUCUUUCCCUUCACCUAAAGCAGUUCUUAUCUACUAUCUAAUUAGUGAAUGCCCCUCUCCCACCCCGCCUCCCUCCCCCCUCUCGUAACCACGAAAGAAUGUUUUUUUCUCAGUUUAAACUAUUUCUCAAGUUCUUAUAAUAGUGGUCUCAUACAAUAUUUGUCCAUUUGCAACUGACUCAUUUGACUCAGCAUAAUGCCUUCCAGGUUCCUCCAUGUUAUGAAGUGUUUCCCAGAUUCCUCACUGUUCUUUAUUGAUGCGUACUAUUCCAUUGUGUGAAUAUACCAUAAUUUAUUUAUCCCUUGAUCUGUUGAUGGACACCUUGGUUGCUUCCAUCUUUUUGCUAUCGUAAACAGUGCUGCAAUGAACAUGGGUGUGCGUAUAUCUGUUCGUGUAAAGGCUCUUAUUUCUCUAGGAUAUAUUCCAAGGAGUGGUAUUGCUGGAUCGUACGGUAGUUCUAUUUCUAGCUUUUUAAGGAAGCGCCAAAUCGAUUUCCAAAGUGGUUGUACCAUUUUACAUUCCCACCAGCAGUGUAUAAGUGUUCCAGUCUCUCCACAGCCUCUCUAACAUUUAUUGUGCUUUUUGGAUUAAUGCCAGCCUUGUUGGAGUGAGAUGAAAUCUCAUGGUAGUUGUGAUCUGCAUUUCUCUAAUGGUUAAUGAUUGUGAACAUUUCCUCAUAUAUCUGUUAGCUACCUGAAUGUCUUCUUUAGUGAAGUGUCUGUUCAUAUCUUUUGCCCAUUUUUUAAUUGGGUUAUUUGCCUUUUUGCAGUUGAGUUUUUGCAGUAUCAUGUAGAUUUUAGAGAUCAGGUGCUGAUCGGAAAUGUCGUAGCUAAAAACUUUUUCCCAGCCUGUAGGUAGUCUUUUUACUCUUUUGGUGAAGUCUUUGGAUGAGCAUAGGUGUUUGAUUUUUAGGAGCUCCCAGUUAUCUAGUUUUUCUUCUACAUUCUUUAUAAUGUUUUGUAUACUGUUUAUGCCAUGUGUUAGGGCUCAGUAUACAUCUUUUUUGACUACAUAUGUUGUGAAGCCUAGGAAGAGUCUUUCUCACAAACAUUAGGUAAGAGAAAUAAGCCUGCCUCUGAAAGUUAAGCUCAGAAACCUCCACAGAGUGGAUCAGAAUAGAGAAUUGCAAAGUCACCUGGAAGGUGAAUAAAUACCAUUCUGGCCUUGAGACUGGACCAAAACCGGAGUGAUGUUGACAUAUCUAAAGAAAGAUUCAGGAGUUGGGGUUGGUGUGGAUGGAAAUAUAGGAAAAGGAGAAAGACUGCAGCAGAAGCUGGCAGUGUCCAUAAAGCACCAUCUGAUAGAGAGAGAAGCUCAGCCACCUGACUUUGAUUAUUAUUUCAGUCUCAGCAGCAGGGUCUUCCAAUAAUUUAUUCACACAUUCAUUCUUCCUUUCAAUUUUAUUCAGUAUAUUUUGAACUCAUAUGCCUCAAUGCCUAGGAUACAUCAGUAAACAAAAAAGACCCAAAAACCCUCUCCUUCUGAGGAGUGAGGGAGAGAAUGUCAAAAAACUAAACAUAAUAAGUAAAUUUUGUAGUACAUAAGAAGAUAUAAGUGCUAUGAGAAAAAAAAAAAAUGGAGCAGGAGUGGAGGACCAUGAAAGAAGUGAUUUGCAGUUUUUAAUAGGUGGCUAGGAUAGGUGUCAUUGACUUGAGCAAAGACUUGAAGGCUGUGAGGGCUUUGGCAGUGUGGCUACCUGGAGAUGAGCAUGCCAGACCAAAGCAACAGCCAGCACUAAGGUUCUGUGGAAGUGCAGGUGGGGUGUUUGAGGAAUAAGAGUAAGUGUGGGAGAAAAAGGUGGUGAAAUCAGAGAAGUAGCAGGGCUAGACUGGAGGAUGUAAGGACGUUGGCUGUUAGUCAGGGAGAAAUGGAGCGGCAUUGCAGAGAUGAGCAGAGGACAUGAUCUAACUUCACUCCCUGAAAGGGUCACUCUAGCUGCUGUUUCAAGACCAGAUUGUAGGGAGCCAAUGGAGCCCCACCCUCCUGCCCGCCGCCACCAGACUAGGUUCUGUUCACCAUCAGACUAGACUCUCUCCUUAUAUUUCUCCUUAGCACUUAACAGGAUUAUGAUUAAAUAUUUAAUUGUAUAAUUACCUUAUUUCUUUCUAAGCUGCUGGUGAUUAUAAGUUACACCAUUGAUUUAAUUUAAUAACAGCUUGUCAGCAGAGAAAAAAGAGAGACAUGACCAUAUUAAAUAAACCUCUUGAUCCUUAUUUCAGAAACAUCAAUAUAUUUAAAAAAUACAUGUUAGAAUCAAAGACACAUUUGUUUAAUACCUAUUACCCCACGCUCUAGUUGGUAGGGAAGCUUCAUGAAAAGCUGUCUUGCUUGGUGCUGUGUGUUUUUUUCCUCAGCCUGAGUAUUUCUCAUACUAGAUACUCAGUAGUUAUUUGUUGAUUGAGUGAAUUUUGCUGGAUGACAGUAAAAAUUCCAUGCUAUUUCAAAACCUUAUAAUUUGACUGUUCGUGAAAUUUAAAUUUAAAUAUUCUGUAUGUGACAUUUGCCUAUCAGUAUAAAUUAGUAAAUCACCUGUUUGUUGAGUUUGGUUGUCAUGAUUCCACUCAAAGAGAGACAGGAUGUGCUCAGAGACUGAUUGUACGGCCUGAUCCCGUGAUAAGGCCAAGAUAAUGUAAGGCCCUGUGAAGCCUCUUGGCAGACAACUCAUCAGCCUCUCCUGACAUCAAGACCUUGCCAUGACCAUCCCAUUUCCAUUUAGAAACUUUCACAGUUCAAACUUGAGCUGAACCAAAGGUAUUGUGAUUUCAGGAGAAUAAGUAGAUAUUACUGAAGUCUACUAUUAUGAAUAGUAUGGAUGAGGUGAGUGUAGACCAGAUCUUAGAAUACUGAAAUUGGCGGAUCUGUUACAAACCUGAGAGAAGUAGAAACGGCCCUCAUGAGAUGCAGAUGAUGCAUCAUUGACUACUUAGAUGCUUCUGGGCUCUUAGCUCUCUAAGGACAGGGACAGUCUCAUAAUGAGCCCAGUGCUUCAAACAUGAUAGGUAUUCAUUGGACAUUUUAAAUCAGGAUUUAGAAUAGAUCGUAAGAAAAAACCAAAGACCAUACCAGUUGCUGUGGAGUUGAUUCUGACUCAUGGUGAGCCCCUAUGUGUCAGAGUAGAAAUGUGCUCCAUAGAGUUUUCAAUGGCUGAUCUUUUGGAAGUGAAUUGCUAGGCCUCUGGGUGGACUCGAACCUCCGAACUUUCUUUAAACAGCUGAGCAGGCUAACCAUGUGCACUACCCAGGGACUCCAUUGUAAGAAAAGCAAGUUCCUUUAUCCAAAUCUAAACAUUCCAGAGCUCUUUUCUGCUUCUUUUCUGUCAUCUUAGUCAGGAUUCUUAUUGUUGCAAGUGUCAGUGGCCCAAAGCCAAUCAGUGUAAGCAAAAGGGGGGCUUUGUUUUUCACAUUAAUUUCACAGUGAUGCACAGGAAUUCUUUAGUACUUUUCCUUGCCUGCCCUCUUUUAAUAUAGAAGGCUUCUCUCCACUAUAUACACCAGAAAAAUGGUUACCUGCAGCCUUUUUAACCCAAAAGGUAAGGUACCUUGUCUAGUUCCAAAAAACUCUUUGACAAGGACUUUGACCAGCUUGGAUCACAUGUCCGUUGCAGGAGCAGACACUGUCCAGCUAGUCUGUAGUCACUGCCUCACCUUGUGGCUGGAGCCAAGAUGCUAUUAUUGACAAGCCCUCCAGAAACAACGUGAUUAGAGAGGAAGACGCAGUUCACCGCAGGAAGUCAGAGUGCCAGAAAGACUAAAACAUCAGCGGUCUACCGCUGUUCCCUUACAAUAGAGUGCAAAGUGCCUAAAGGUCAAAAAAAAAAAAAAAAAAAAUUUGGCAUACAGUAAAUUGGGUAUCUGUAAACUGAGAAAAAAAAGUGAUGGUACCAGUGAUGUUAGGGAAGCUUUUUGCUUUAUAUCGCAGAGCGGGUAGUUGAAGGUAUGUAGGGUAGGUAGGAGAUGGUUCACACCUGGACCUGGGAGAAUGAAGAGCAAGUGUUGAGCUCAGUUAGUGAUCUGAGGAAGAAACAGUAGAAACCAAUCCUAGACUGGCUGUUGUGAGCAAGGGAAACUGAGGAAACCAACUUCAUUCCGUUUAGCCCAGAUGGCAGUAGAACUUCACUGUAAGAGAAUCCCACCCUGCUGUGGUAGUCCGAGGAUUCCCUGGGCCCUUCUGAAGUUAGUGACCACUGCAGAGAAUGCUGCCCAAACAGUAUCAGUGCUUGAGCCAUCUUCCCAAAGGCUACUUGCUGUAAUACUUUACAGGGGGUGCGUAUGUGUGUGUUUUCUAUCCCCUCCAAAUAACUUGGAUUCUUGAUACCCAGAUCUCCUUGAAUAAGGAGCCCUGGUGGUGCAACGGCUAAAUGCUCGGCUUCUAUC